AUGGGCAGCGAUGAAAAGAAACAAGAAAAUCAAGGUAUGGUAGAAUGUUUUAAGUGAGGUCUUACCUGUAAUCAUCAUGAUAUCGAUUUAGAAAAUUAUUAUUACAUAGUUUUCAGCCGUUCCUGAUUCGAAAAAAUUAAUGCUUCCCGUUCGAAUGGCUCCUGGAAAUAUGAAAAUUGUUCGAGUCCCAAUUUUGCGACCAAAAAUGAAAGGUUUUUUCAAUUUGAAUUAUAACAAAGCAAUUUUCUUAUUUAUUUUAGUUGUUGCAAAGAAAAAACCAAGUCCACUAAUUGCGGAACUCGACAAAGAGAAAACUGAGGAGAAAAAGUGAGCAAGCUGAAUUUUAUAAAUAAUUUAUUCGAUAAUGUUUCUAUUUCAGGCCAUAUUUCACGGAAAUUGAAGAAUUGAGAAAAGAGUUUGGAAUUCCGGAUAGUUUCGACUCUAAAAAACCAACAACUAUGUGCGAAUUAGGUAUUACAUUUUAUUUUUUCUAAUUAGAAAUAAUUAAAUAUUUUCUAGCUUUGAUUGAAAAACUACGAGCGAUUCAACGAUUACGAGGUGAAAACAAUUUCUUGGCGGAUAAUAUUAGCAAAAAUAAAAGACUGUGAGUUUAUACAUCUCGGGGCUAUUUUUAUCUUUUUUUAAAGAAUAAGUAUCCGGGAAACUGGAAUUGAAGAUUUCAAACGAUCAAGAAUCAAUAUUCAAUCACAAUGCCAAAUUCUUGAGUCUUCAAUCCAAUCUCUUGAAAGUGAGGGCAAAUUUCACAAUAAUUGUUAA